AGUCUCUAGACCUAGAUCGACAAAGAUCCUAUCAGUUGACUUAUUGAUUGGUUGGUUGAUGAUAGACGGGGAUGGUUCAUUGUGACACUGCGGUCGGAACCCCCGAUUACAUCUCACCGGAGGUUCUCAAGUCUCAGGGAGGGGACGGAUACUACGGACGCGAGUGUGACUGGUGGUCAGUGGGAGUAUUUAUCUACGAGAUGCUGGUUGGUGAUACACCGUUUUAUGCCGAUUCUCUGGUGGGGACCUAUAGUAAGAUUAUGAACCAUAAGAACUCUCUUAACUUUCCUGGUGACAUUGAGAUCUCUCAAGAAGCCAAAAACAUCAUCUGUGCCUUCCUAACAGACAGGGAGGUUCGCCUGGGUCGAAAUGGCGUAGAAGAAAUUAAAAGACAUCCUUUCUUUAAAAACGACCAGUGGACCUUCAGCACCAUUAGAGAGAGUGAGUAA